AUGGAGGAACUAAACCUUACUGAUGUUUAUGGUGAACUGCAACAAAAGUCUAAAUCCUUUACUUACGUAUCAAAAUCGUUGAACCUAAAAUCGAGGAUCGACUACUUUCUUAUUCCGCGCUCGCUUUUUUCCGAUGUUCGACGAGCGGAAAUUCGUAUUUCGACAGCGUCAGACCACAACGCGAUCUUCUUAAGUAUCCACUUUAAAAGUGAGUUCAAUAGAGGUCCAGGUUUAUGGAAAUUUAACAACACACUGUUGGAAGACAAUAACUAUAAAGAACUGAUCGCAUUCUACUAUCCAAAAAUGUUAAGAAAAUACUCCGAAGUUACAGAUAAUCAGCUUCUAUGGGAAUUAAUCAAGAUGGAGUUACGCACAAAAACUAUAGGAUAA